AUGUUCGUGCGCAACCCGCGCGCGCGCCUCACGGUGCUGUACUCGCACGGCAACGCCGCGGAUCUCGGACAAGUGCACGACCUAUACGUGGAGCUGAGCAACAUGCUGCGAGUUAAUCUCCUCGGGUAUGACUACACAGGUUAUGGUGCUUCGUCUGGCAAG